AUGGCUUUGUUCAGAGGUCUCUUGAGUGCAAAGAGAAUCAUUGGCCUCUCUGUAGGGGCUUCAAGCAAAAGGACAGUUUCAGCGCCAAAGGGGUUUCUUGCAGUGUACGUUGGUGAAGACCAAGUCCAGAAGAAGAGAUAUCUUGUGCCAGUAUCGUUCUUGAAUCAGCCUUCUUUUCAAGCUCUUCUAAGUAAAUCUGAGGAAGAGUUUGGAUAUGAUCAUCCAAUGGGUGGAUUAACCAUCCCUUGUCCUGAAGACACCUUUAUCAACGUGACUUCUCCGCUUCAGUGAUGAUGUUCCACAAGAAGAGAACACUGACAUUAGUUAGAGAUAGAAUCAUUCAAUGUAUAUAUGUUAACCCUUUCCUCUUUCUUUGUCAAAGAGAGUUGUUUCAAGAGGUUACGUAACUCAAAAUGUUUUAUGCCAUAUUUCUAUGUAAAGACCAUGGUUUCAUUUACACAAAUUGCAAAAAGUUUUCUGAGAAAUUUGUCAUCAUUCUUGCAUUCACAAUUGUCUAUGUAUCUAUAUUUGUAGCACGUGAAUGUUAUGAGACCCAUACAUGUUUUUGUUUCUGAUAGACACAAACCAUUAUACGGGGAGGAUGUUUUCUUCAUUAAGAUUCUUCUCUUAUGACAAAUUAUCUUUUAAUAUGAAGAUUACCAUCCCAGUGAUCUCACUACACAAUCAAAUUACCCCGAGGUCGCUGACCUGCAGAGGAUAACCUCCCUUAAGACAGAUGGUUUGAACAGCUCAGUGAUUUUGGAUUCAUUGGAUCAAAUGACAAAAGCUAUAAAUAAGAUAAUAAUCAUUCGGUUAACUCUUUACACACGCUGCAACAAACUCUCUGAAGAAGUAAAAGAAAAAGGUGUAUAUCUAUUUACAAAGACUGGUUAGGUCUGUUUUAUAACAAUAACAUUAUGUUGGAGCCAAGAUACGUUAUACUGAGUACAGAGAACAGAGUUUCACAUGAUUGUGUGUUUCAGAUGGUUGUGUAAUUCAGAUGUGUUAAAUCUGGAUUGACUGUAGGACAUGCAACAUGUUCUUCAUUCUCUGUAAUGAUUCUCUAGUGAGUUUUUCUUCAUAUUCAUAAAUAUCAAAACACAUGUCAUUACAGUAGUAUGCAGAGGCACACCAAAAGUAAUGAUCAAAUAAGAAGACGAGAAGAAGAAAAAAAACAAGAAUCAGAUAGGUGUCGCACUUUCUUGUUGAAUGGUUGCUCCAAAAUGUAUUAACAUGAAUCAUUAUCGUGUCUAUAACAUUCACUUUCAAAAGAUUAUAGAAUAACUCUUUAAACAAUAAAGAGGUUAAAAAAAUCUCAUCUAUCUACAGGGAAAGUCUAUAUCUAACUAGACUAACAAUAUGUUUGGAUAAUCAUCAUUGGAACCGAGACGUCACUGUGAUGAAUAUAUCUUCAGAACAAGGGAUUGUUAAGCCGCCCAUUGGAUGAUCAAACCCAAACUCUUCUUCAGAUUUACUUAGUAGGGCUUGAAACGAAGGCUGGCUCAGGUAUGAGAUUGGCACCACAUAUCUCUUCUUCUGGCUCUCUCCUACGUACACAGCAAGAAACCCUUUUGGUGCCGCCGAGGUUGUUCUUUUACUCGUAGAAGCUGCUGUUACAGAGCGGCCAAGAAUCUUCUUUGCACCCAAUAGACUUCUCACCAAGGCCAUCUUUUAAACUGAAAGUUUGAUUUCUUUUGAUGUUUUGGAAGAUGUAUGAAAAUACUAAAGUUAUUGGAUUGCUUGCUUUAGGUUGAUGAUAGAAAGAAUGGCUAAUGUGUACAUAUAUAGAUAGAUCGAUGAGUGAGUUAAAAUCUCUCAUUGAAACUUGUGGUCUUGGAUCGUGGGACAGACUAGAGCAGAUCACAUGGUUCUGUCCUUCAUGUUCUAUGGUUGAUUAUAUGUCUUAUUCUCUCAUUUACGUAGUCUUAAUGGAUUUAAUAAGAACUAAUAGUGGGGACCUGAAGUUUCUCAACAACAGAACAACAAGUCUGUGUCACCAUUCAAGUUGUUCUUUGAUUAUAUUUAAAAAUAGGAUUACAGACAUUUGGAAACCAAGCCCUUGUGAAUUGACUAUGGCGAUUAUCCAAGUAGACAAAUUGCAUUAAUGCAUCUUUUUGAGACGGUGAAGACAGAACCAUGUGGUGCUUUGUUCUAGCCUGUCCCACACAAUUGUAGACAACAAUUUUCAAAGAGGGUUCAAACUCAUUCAUUGAUCUUUCUAUAUAUACUAUACACAUAACCUAUUAUUUCUAUCAUUAACAAGAACCAAGCAAUAUAUCCAAUUACUUUAAUCUUUUCAUAAAUCUUCACGAGCCUCAAAAAGAAUUUCAAACUUUAAAGAAAGAGAUGGCUUUGAUGAGAAGUCUACUGGGUGCAAAGAAGAUUCUUAGAGCGGUAACAAGCAAAGGGGAAACCUCUGCGACACCAAAAGGGUUUCUUGCGGUGUACGUAGGAGAGAGUCAGAAGAAGAGAUAUGUAGUGCCAAUCUCAUACCUGAGCCAACCUUCCUUUCAAGCUCUACUCGGUAAAUCUGAAGAAGAGUUUGGGUUUGAUCAUCCAAUGGGUGGACUAACGAUUCCUUGUCCGGAAGAUACAUUUGUCAAUGUGACUUCUCGGUUCCAGUGAUGAUUACUUGACUAUCAAGUUUUGUUAUGGGAGUUAUAGAAAUCGACAUUCAUUGUAAAUAGAUGACCUUUUUCUCUCUCUUCUUCAAAUAUUUGUUCUAAAGUUUAGAAAGUGAGUGCCAUUUUUAUGCAAUAGGCACUAUCAUGUGAAUACAUUUUGGAACGAUCAUAAUACAUUUGAAGAACUUAUAACAAAUCAUGUGAUAACUAUACAAGUCAGAUUCUAUAACAUCCGGAUCCGUGGCGCAAUGGUAGCGCGUCUGACUCCAGAUCAGAAGGUUGCGUGUUCGAUUCACGUCGGGUUCAAACUCCCGAACAUUAUCCGGAAUUUUUUUUUUUACCUCCGGUUUUGUCUUUUGCUUUAUACUUGGAAACUCUCUUGGUUUGGUAAUCUAAUUUCACUUAACCGAAACUCUUAGAUCCGGUUUGAAAUCGUCCGUGAAUUGUUCUCUGUUUGAAGAAGAGGCUUGUUAGCUUUCAUUGUUUUUUAUUUUGGUUUCACAUGCAUUUAUCUUGGAAAACAAAACAUUAAGAAACUCUGUUGUCAUGUGUUCCUGUUUUAUUUUAAAAGAUGGAUUCAUACUUCAUUCACAAAACUAUUAUUAUAAUAUGAUAUCUCCAACGAUUCAUAUCAUCAACGAGAAUAAAUCAAAGAACUUCAUUUUUCAAAUGGUCAUAUUCACAUUGAAUAAGGAAAACAGUUAACAUAUGUACAUUGAAUGAUUCUAGCUCUGACUAAUGUCAGUAUUUUCUUCUUCUGGAACAUCAUCAUUGAAGCAUAGAAGUCACGUUGAUGAAGGUAUCUUCAGGACAAGGAAUCGUUAGUCCACCCAUUGGAUGGUCAUAUCCAAAUUCUUCCUCAGAUUUACUGAGGAGAGCUUGAAAAGAAGGCUGGCUCAAGUAUGAGACUGGAACUAUAAAUCUUUUCUUCUGUCUCUCUCCAACGUACACCGCAAGAAACCCCUUUGGCGCUGAAACUGUGCUUUUGCUUGUAGCCGCUACAGAGAGGCCAAUAAUCCUCUUUGCACUCAAGAGACCUCUAAACAAAGACAUUUCUUGUGUCUUUAAAUUGAAAUUUGAAGCUUCUAAGAAAUGGAUAGUUGCUUAGAUUGAAGGUUUGUAUUGAAGAGUUGGUUCUCUGCCUUAAGAUGUAUAUAUAGAUUGAUGAAAGACUUUAAACCGCACUAGAACCAUUGAAAGAAUGGGACAUGUACUCUAAUCACAUGGUUCUGUUUUUUAGAUAUGAUAGAAGACAAGUAAUGAAAGCUAACGUGCUUUAACUCUUUGUUUUCUCAUGUCUGUAUAAUAAAUGAACAGAAGAAAUUAAGUAUUCAAUCUUUUACGUAUAAAUGUGAUCAUAUUUGUGGAUGUAAUCAAAGAACAACUUAACCUGUGACAGAGACUUGUUGUUCUGCUGUUGAGAAACUUCAUGUCCUCACUUUAAAUUCUCAUUAAUUAAAAUAUAUUUAGACCGCAGAGAUGUGAAAAUAUGAUCACCACAGAACAUGAAGAACAGAAACAUACUGGUCUUUAUUAUUGACAAUAGCAUAUGUCUUAUCUAAACAAACAUUGAGAAAACAAGCCCUUGUGAAUCGCAUUUCAUUUUUAUUUUCUAGUCCCACACUCAAUUAGUUUCCAGGCUGUAAAGACAAAACCAUGUGAAACUCUGAUCUAGUUUGUCCACUUCUUCAAGACCACAAGUUUCAGAGAAGUUCAAAGUUAUUCAUUGAUCUUUCUAUAUAUACACAUAACAUUACCGAUUCUUUCCAUAUCAUCAACCAACACACAAGCAUUAUUCCAGUAACUUGAAUCUUUUUCAUACAUCUUCAAAGGCUUCAAAAGGAUUCAGACUUUCAUAAAAAAAGAGAAACAAGAAAUGGCUUUCGUAAGAAAUCUAUUGGGUGCCAAGAAGAUUCUUGGAGCCACAACAAGCAAAAGGGCGACCUCAUCGGCACCAAAAGGGUUUCUUGCGGUGUAUGUAGGAGAGAGCCAGAAGAAGAGAUUUGUGGUGCCAAUCUCAUACUUGAGCCAACCUUCGUUUCAAGCUCUUCUGAGCAAAUCUGAAGAAGAAUUUGGGUUCGCUCAUCCAAUGGGUGGCUUAACAAUCCCUUGUCCUGAAGAUACUUUCAUCAACGUGACUUCUCGGCUUCAGUGAUGAUUAUUCUUCGAGUUAGAGAUAGAUUUUGUUCCUUGUAGAUAGAGGAUAGCAAUUUUAUGCUAUGUACACAACAUACAACAUGAUUCAUGUUAAUAUAAAUUUAAUUUUAUAAUGAA